GGGGAAACCGGAAGUGGCGGGCGAGAGCGGCGGCGGUGAAGUGCUUUGAGGUGGGCCUGGGCCUACCGGGCUCCUUCCGUUCCUUAUCCCCCCUCCCUCCGUUGUCCCAACCCCACCGGGUCUCCACCAUGGAGACCAACGCUCCGAAACGGAAAGAGGCCAGAAAAUCGCUACGGAUUAAAGUCAUCUCUAUGGGCAACGCGGAGGUGGGGAAGAGCUGCAUUAUAAAGCGUUAUUGUGAGAAGAGGUUCGUCCCCAAAUACCUCGCGACUAUUGGGAUCGAUUAUGGAGUCACAAAAGUACAAGUCAGAGACCGAGACAUCAAAGUGAACAUCUUUGACAUGGCAGGGCACCCGUUCUUCUACGAGGUGAGGAAUGAGUUUUAUAAGGACACACAGGGAGUCAUCCUGGUUUAUGAUGUUGGACAGAAGGAGUCUUUUGACGCUCUGGAUGCGUGGCUGGCUGAGAUGAAGCAGGAGCUGGGCCCCCAUGGGAACAUGGACAACAUUGUCUUCGUUGUCUGUGCAAACAAGAUUGACUGCACAAAGCACCGCAGUGUGGAUGAAAGCGAGGGGCGGCUGUGGGCUGAGAGCCGGGGCUUUCUUUACUUUGAAACAUCGGCACAAACAGGAGAGGGAAUCAAUGAGAUGUUCCAGACAUUCUACUCUGCCAUAAUCGACCUGUGUGACAACGGGGGGAAGCGUCCCCCCUCCAGCAUGGGGGUCGGCUUCACUAAAGAGCAGGCAGAUGCCAUUCGGAGGAUCCGCAACAGCAAGGACAGCUGGGACAUGCUGGGAGUCAAGCCUGGAGCCACCAGAGACGAAGUGAACAAAGCCUACAGAAAGCUGGCAGUGCUGCUCCACCCUGAUAAGUGCGUGGCUCCAGGGAGUGAAGAUGCCUUCAAAGCUGUGGUGAACGCCCGAACUGCACUUCUCAAAAACAUCAAGUAGGGAACAGAGCUGCUGAGAACUGGAAACCUUCCCUUCCACCCAGCUGCUUCCCAGGCAGCUACACUGCCAUGGGGCACCUCCCUCCUCCUCAGAUUCAUCCACUGGCUUGGACAAAGACACUCCCACCACCAAGCAUGGGAACAGAACUCUAGUGCGAUUGCAAUGAGUUGUAGAGGGGGCAGAGUGCUGAGGAAGGGAGAGGGACCCCCCAGCCUUCCCUGUAUCUCUGGCCUCAAGUUGGAGUAAGUGCUGAAAGCAGUGAAUUGCCCACUUUCCCAGCUGUUUUGCACUUCCCACAAGCUACCAGCCGUGGAGGAGGUUGGAUGUGCAGCUCUAGCCUUGUGGUUGCACUGAGGGUAGGUUCGGUUUGGAUGUAAGGCUAUGUGGGAUGGAAAUGAAUGAAGGGUUAUGUAAAGGCUGAAGGUUGGAUGAGACAUAUUCAAGUCUCGAGCCUAACAUCUGGCCUAAAAGCUGCUGCACCUGAAAGUGCUCAGGGUCAUGGGUUAGGGAUGCUCAGGACAGCAGCCCCAAGAGCUGCAGUCCCUCAAGCUCCAUGCUCUCUCCUUUCCAACCCUCUGCUAACCAUCUACACUGCUCUGACAAGCUCCUGGUGGGGGAUUGUCCUCAGGUGUGGGUGGCCCUUUGCAGACAGAUGCAAGGUGCUGACCUCAGGGUCUCCAUAUCCUCACCCACCCCUCAGAGCUUCAUGUUGGUGUUGAUGAGAGCGGCGGCUGGCUCUGCAGGCCUGCUUGAGAGGAGCUGUGUCCCUGCAUGAGUUACAUCCCCAAAGGGAAUGUGUUAGGCCUGGCUAUGUAACACAGCACCCCCAGAUAUCCAGCACCCCACUCACAUGUGCAAGUCUACGUGCCCACUUAGCCCUGUGACUCCCUUUGGUUAGGUUAACAGUAGAGGGGCAUGUUUUUCCUCUGCCCUGACAGCAGCAGCGUGUCACCCUGCUUUGCUGGUUAUGUUACAGGUUUAUUUCUGCCUCACUGAUCAGCAAGUGGAUCUGGGGUGUUUCUUCUUAGUCCCAGCUGCUGCUUUGUUAGAAUAUUCUCAUAUAUGUAAUAUUCUCAUUGAUUCAAAGAGGAGCAGUGCUGGUAACCCCAGGAUCCAUUGAGAUCCUGAGGGAGGUCGGAGCCAUGAUGACUCAAGUGGGAGAUCCCUUGGGAUGCUGUGAUUUUGUCAGGAGACAGUUUUAUUACCUUUGCUGCUCUGUGAGCUUGGAAAAGAAGGACAAGACACUGAGCUGUGAGACUGAAGCCACUGAGUGAGCAAGUGAGUGAGUUUAUGCCCAUAUCUCAACCCCACAAAUAUCCUGUUCAGAAGUUUAUUCCAAUGGUCAGUGCAAUAUAUAUAUAUAUAUAUAUUUCUCACUUAAAGGCAGCUAAUCUGUGUUUCCCCUUCCGACUAUAUCAUAAAUGAACAGUAGAUCCCCAUCUUCGUGGCAGCAAGCGUUAAGGAUCUCGAAGGCCAGCAUCGUUUUGCACUUGCUUUAGUUUCUGUUUUUUUUCUAUUGUCUGUUAACAGAGCUGACCGGAUGUUUGGGGACUAUUAUAUACACACAUGUCAUGUCUAGAGAUGCCGGUAACCUUCUAAGUUGUGUUAUUUGUAUAAGUUAACCCCCCUCCCCACCUCCCAUUGGAACAAAAGAAGCCCUAUGAGCUGUC